UUCUGAUCCUUUAUUUCGCUUAGAGGAUGCCUGCACGGAAUCCCCAGCGUCAGCCGGCGGAAACUCAAAUUCAAAUCUAUUUCGGAACUUUCGCUUAAUCAACAAGUUACGUUCGCUUACCCUUUGGCCCAAACUUGAAAGGCACUCGCUCUGUCGCUCCGAAAAGCGGAUUUCGAGUGCGAUGCUGGUCUAAGCCGUCUGAAAGGGCUGCAAAAACUGGAAUGGCGUGCUCCCACUCAAAGGGAAUCGCAAAUUGAAGGCAACAUCGCGAUUUGAGGUGACGACAAAGUGACUGCGAGAGGCCGCCAUUUUCCGGUAUUUUGAUUUCGCUUUCCUGGCCCGCAAUGCGGCAUUAAUUUGCACAACUUUGGACUCUCCCUCCGCUUCGAUUUAUGUUUUCUGCUCAAAGUUGCGGCGCGCCAGAGCAAUGUGCUUUUAAUAAUUUAUAUUAAUUUUUAAAACGACAAAACUAAUCGCGCAAAUCGGAAUUUAAUUAAGAAAAACCAAACAUGGCUAUGGAAUGGAUAACUGCAAUGGACAAACGUCCUUGCGACCGAAACUUGCGUGAUGUGGAGCUCAUUUCGUGCCGCCUGCGUCGCGUUGAGCCACUGUGUCGCCUUCCGGGAUCUGCGCUCCAGCAGUUGGCCAUGUGCGGAUUUUACGAGGACCUGGAGAAGGGAGUGACUCUUUUUCGCGCCGGAGAACAGGGCCGUUUCUGGUAUGCGGUACUCGGUGGGUCGCUGGAGGUCCGUUACCAUGCCCAUGCCGAUGCCGAUGGCAAGAGCGCAGUUACCCUUUGCAACCUGGGCGUGGGUGCCACAUUCGGGGAGUCCGUACUGCACGACCUGCCGCGGGACAGCACCGUGGUGACGAAGACAACCUGCGAGCUGCUGCGCGUGGAGCAGCAGGACUUCCGACUCAUUUGGGAGAAAAACAAGGAGUUGAUGAAUGACAUAUUCACCAAUUGCAAAUUAAAGAACGGUUUUGGACCAAGUGUGCAGACAGCAGCGGCGGCCACAUCGCCCACAAAAAGACCCCUCAGUCCCGACCAUCCGAACCCAGCGCUGCCCAUUACUGAGACGCCGAGUCCUGCUAUGAACCGCAUGGGCUGGGCCCUAAGAACUCUACUCGUCGCCGACAAUUCGAGCUGUCUGAAGGAUCGCAAGGUCUCUGGAAAGCUAAUCCGCAAGUGCGCCCCUGGCACCGAGCUCGUCGACUGGCUGGUCAACCUAGCGCCCAUCGUCCACACCCGCGCCCAAGCGGCUGGCAUGUGGCAGGCUCUCGUCGAGGAAGGAGUUCUCGCACACGUUAACAAGGAGCAGCCCUUCAAGGACAAGUGCUUUCUGUACCGCUUUCGCCUCGACGAGGAAGGCGGGACGGCGGCAGCGGGCGUGCCCCAGGCGGAGGAUCUCGGAGCGGCCAACGAACACAUCCGCGAGGCUCUGAGCGCUCUUUUCCAGCGCGGACCGGACGCCACGCUGCGUAUGAUAUUGCGCAAACCCUCGCACGAACGGACAUCGGAGGAGCUGGAGCUGGUUUUCGAGGAACUGGUCCACAUUGCCGCACUCUCCCACUUAUCGACCAGCAUCAAGCGGGAGCUGUCGUCGAUUUUCGUGUUCGAGGCUCAUGCCCAGGCGGGCACUAUAUUAUUCAAUCAAGGCGACGAAGGACGCUCCUGGUACAUCUUACUCAAGGGAUCUGUGGACGUUGUGAUACACGGCAAGGGAACCGUUGCCACUCUGAAGACUGGGGACGAUUUCGGGAAGCUGGCCUUGAUAAACGACGCACCCAGAGCUGCUACCAUCGUACUCAAGGAGAACAAUUGCCACUUGCUGCGCGUGGACAAGGAACACUUCAACCGGAUACUCCGCGAUGUGGAGGCCAAUACCCUGAGAUUGCAGGAGCACGGCAAGGAUGUUUUAGUGCUCGAGCGCGUGGCCAAGCAACGUGGACAGCAUUCGGCAUUCAAAUACACGGUUAUGUCGGGCACCCCGGCCAAGAUGCUGGAGCACCUGCUGGAGACGCGACUGGGCCAGUCGGUGGGCGGAAUGGACCCCUUUCUGGACGACUUUCUGCUCACGCACAUUGUAUUCAUGCCCGUCGUGCAGCUGGUUGAUGAAUUGGCCAAUUACUUCCAUUGCGAUGCCCAUGAGGACGCCCAGACACCCGAGGAUCGUGAGUAUAUAAUCAACUUCAAGAAGCGCGUGAUCCAGUUCAUGCAGAAGUGGGUCAUGGCCGUGCGCCACGCCGCCUUCGAGGAGCCCAGCGUCUGCGACUUCAUCGAGGACCUGGCCGCCGAGGUAGAGGCCGACCCCGACCUGAACGAGGAGACCAGCAUAGUGCACAACGUGCUCACCCAGAUGGCGCGCUACCAGGAGGACCGCAACCAGAACGCCGGCCAGAAGUGGAAGCUGCCGCCCAACGGACAGCCCAUCUGCCUCUUCAGCGGCAAUGCGACGCCGGCCAAGACGGUCAUUCGGCCAGACGAUGACAUCAUAUUCCGCGUCUAUUGUGCCGACCACACCUACUGUACCCUGCGAUUCCCCAUGCACACCACGGCGGAGCUUAUUAAGGCGUGCGCCGCCGACAAGUUGCAGCUAAACCGGGGUCCCGAGGACCUCGUCCUCGUCGAAGUCAAGUCGAACGGAGAGCGCUCCGUGUUCAAGGACAACGAUGUCAGCAUACCGACGGGCCUGUCGCUCAACGGCCGCUUAUUUGUCUCCGUCAAGGAUCACCUAGAUGCCUUGACCCAGCUGCAGGAGCAGGAAUGCCCCACUGAGGGCGUGGACAUCGAUCUGGAGAUACUGAGCACCAAGGAGCUGGCCUACCACAUCACCCUCUUCGAGUGGGACCUCUUCUGGGCCGUCCAUGAAUACGAGUUGCUCUACCACACCUUCGGGCGUCAUCACUUUGGCAAGAUCACUGCCAACUUGGAUGUCUUCCUGCGACGCUUCAACGAGGUUCAGUACUGGAUUGUCACCGAACUGGUAUCGACGCCCAGCCUGAGUAAACGUGUGGGUCUGGUCCGGAAGUUUAUCAAGCUGGCCGCCUACUGCAAGGAGUACCAGAAUCUGAACGCCUUCUUCGCCGUGGUAAUGGGCCUCUCAAACAUGGCGGUGUCCCGGCUGCAACAGACCUGGGAGAAGAUCCCCUCGAAGUUCCGGAAGAUCUUCCAGGAGUUCGAGGCCCUUAUCGACCCCAGUCGCAACCACAGGGCGUACCGCGUGUUUGUGGGCAAGUUGCAGCCGCCGCUGAUUCCGUUCAUGCCGCUGCUGCUCAAGGACAUGACCUUCGCCCACGAGGGCAACAAGACCAGCCUGGACGGCCUGGUGAACUUCGAGAAGAUGCACAUGAUGGCCCAGACGAUGCGCACCAUCCGCUUCUGUCGCUCCAGGAGUCUGGGUCUGGAGCCGCCGUCGCCGAAGAGCGAGGGCGAGGUGAGGACGUACAUCAGCAGCUUCCGCGUCAUCGACAACCAGCGGGUGCUCACCGCCAUGUCCCAGAAGGUGGAGCCCACCCGGAAGCUCUAAGCCCCCCGAAAGGCCCUGUUAUCUGAUUAGCUUGUAGCCUGUAUUAAGUGUCUAACCCUGAGUGUGUGUGUUAAUCAAACCGCAAUUAGCUGCACAGUUAUGAGCUUAGCCGGGUUGUUUUCGGGAAGCCAAUUGGCGCCAUGGCCACCACAACCCGGACAAACUUUCAUCCGCAUUCGCAUUAGCUUUUAAGCUACAACUGUACUUUGUAUAUUCUACGAACCCGACUAGGAACUAUCUCAAUCUUCUAAUGAACUGAAACCCAAACGCAUUUCAAUGCAAACGAGAAA